CUCAUGGAGAAGAGAUAUGCAUAUUGAUAUUGAUGUAGAAACACCAGGCCAAUCCGAGUAUUGGUUCCGUCGUCUCACACUUUUCUUGCGGAGCAAGGAGCUGUACAAGUCGUAUAGCUUGGAUAAUUGGCGCGUUUGCCUCAUGCUGGAGCUCCGGGCCUUUUUUCAUUUCGUGUAGCACAAUCAGUUCAAAAUUUCCAUAUGGCCAUUUUGACGAAUCUGACUUGACAGCCCUUCACAUGAUCAAAUUUGACCCGUGCUCAUUGCAGCCGGGGCAGCUGUCCCUUUCCCCCUCCUGCCUCUUCCCUUUUCCCACGGGUGUAGCCGAACAACGAGCAUUCGCCACGAUGGCCGAGGGACAGAAAAUAAAAAGAUCCAUCCGGACUUGAACCUCCACUUUUUAAGGGCGUGACAGAGGUUCCACGCCUACUCUCCACGACACGCUUGGUACCUCUCACACUCAUACUGUACAUCAUGCCAGGUUACAGCAAGCCACCCAAGCAUGUCCUCGAUGUCAUGCAGGCAUCUUCGCCUGCGCUGCCAUCUGUUGCCCCCGGUAGCCAACAUCUAUUGCUCAUCCAUUGGACUGAUUACCCUGCGAUUGACCGGCUCUCGCGCCCCUACCUGCGCCUGGGCGGCUUACGAAUCGAGCCUCAGAAUCAUGGACGACGAGAUACGCCCGCAGGAUAUGGAAUCAAGCCGACCGCGCACGCAUACACUCUGAUUCGCCUGACAGACGAUAAAGAGAUUCAGAUCACAGGAAUUUCCGGUCCUCAAGCCCUCAGCGAGCCCUAUUGGAGUUCCGACGGGAAGUAUUUCGCGUUUCGAAACAGCACUGAAGAGACUGUUGAGUUGUGGAUAGGAGAAGCAGAGACUGGAGAAGUCAAAAAGGUCGAUGGUAUCCACGUCAACGCCACCCUCGACGAUGAUAUCGUGUGGCUUCAAGGCAGUCGUUUGAUCGUCAAGACGGUGUCUUCGGAGCUCAAGGUGCCGACCCCCGCUCCAACCUCUGCCACUGGACCGGUCAUGCAGGAGUCGUUGGGCGGUAAAGGACAAAGCAGCACAUACGAAGUCCGAGAUACACUCAAUUCGAUCCAUGACGAGGAGCUUUUCGACUUCUACCUGGCGUCCCAACUGGUCAUUGUGGAUGCUUCGAGCCACAAGAUCGAUGCGAUCGGGCCUGUAGGUCGAUACUUUGAAGUUGAAGUGGCGCCCGAUAAUGUCCAUAUCCUGGUCUCGUCCAUUCACCAUCCUUACUCUUACAUUACGACUUUCGGCCGAUUCCCUCGAAGAAUGGAAGUGUGGAAGUUGCACGACUUCACACUUGAGAAGACCUUUGUGGUGGCCGAACUCGCUCUAGCGGAUCGUGUCCCUGUACAUGGUGUACGGAGUGGGCCUCGUGACUUCUUCUGGAGGCAGAACGCGCCCUGCGAGCUCUUUUACAUAGAGGCACUGGAUGGGGGAAAUUGGAAGACUCAAGUGGAACAUCGCGACAAGAUCAUGAGCUUGGCCUCGCCAUUUGACUCGCCGAAGGAGGUGAUACGAUUGGAGCAGCGUUUCAAUGGGAUUGUCUGGGGUCAGGAGCCCGAUCUGGCGCUUGUGAAGGACUUUGACAGGAACAGGCUGUGGCGCAGGGGAUUCUUCAUCAAUGUGGACGAACCUUCUUCGCGGAAGAUGCUCUACGACAUGUCUGCGCAUGAAAAGUACGACAAUCCGGGUGCACCAUACACAAAGCGUCUGCCCAAUGGAAGUCGGGUCAUCCGGCAGGAGGGGGAUUUCAUUUUCCUGUCUGGAGAUGGCGCUUCACCUCAAGGCGAUCGACCAUUCUUGGAUAGACUGAACAUCAAGACUAUAGAAAAACGUCGACUGUUCCGAUCUAGCAAGGACGCUUAUGAGCGUUUCCUUGCUUUCGGACCUGGAUGCGACUUUUUGACCUGGAGACAAACGCCCUCAGAUCACCCCAAUGUCUACCGACGACACAUCGAAGGAGAGGUCCAAGCAGAUUCCGGAGAGGCGGUGUACGAAUCCAAGUCUGCGGUUGUCACUCAGAUGCAAGACCCCGCACCGAUCGUGAGACAGAUCAAGAAGCGACUGGUGUCUUUCAAGCGAGAGGAUGGGCUCGCCUUGUCGUUCAAACUGCUAACUCCUCCCGGCUACCAAGGGGGCAAGCUGCCUACCAUCCUCCGGGCUUAUCCUUUGGACUAUGCAGACGCGGCUUCGGCAGGACAGACUUCGGGUACAGACAUGAACUUUGUGCGUUUGCGUCAGUAUCUGUUCUUGCUUUUGGCUGGUUACGCCAUCAUUGACGAAGUAUCCUUCCCCAUCAUUGGCGACCCGAAAUGUGUGUACGACACCUAUCUGGAGCAGCUGGUCGCCAACGCUAAAGCCGCCGUGGAAGAGGCCGUGCGGAUUGGCGUCGCUGAUCCUGACAAGAUUGGAGUUUGUGGACACAGUCAUGGUGCAUUCAUGACGGCGAAUUUGUGCAUUCAUUCCGACCUUUUCAAGGCCGGUGUGGCGACCUCCGGCGCCUACAACAAGAUCAUCACCUCAUUCGGUUUCCAGAACGAGCGACGAUCGCUUUGGGAGGCACCGGAAAUGUACGCUAAGGUGUCACCUUUUCACCACGCCGACAAGCUCAAGGCGCCACUGCUGGUGGUCCACGGUCUGGAUGAUGCGAAUCCUGGAACCACCCCCCUACAGAGCAAGCUGUUCUACGAGGCGUUGCGAGGGAACGGGGCAGUGGCACGUCUGGUCAUGCUUCCGCAUGAGCCACAUUGGUAUGCGGCGCAAGAGACGAAUGAGCAUUUCGUACAUGAAAUGAUCGAGUGGUUUGACCGUUAUGUGAAAGGUGGAUAGCGGAUGUGCAUGCAUGGUCGGAUCUUGG